AUGGCUCUUCCACCAGAGCAGAUCAACAUUAAGCGCCGCCGCGAGGAGGAGCCCGUGGAGACACUAUAUAUCCAGUCUGCGACACGCCAGACUAAGCGUCGCUUCACGGACUAUGUCUUCGAGCGCGUUACCAUCAACAGCAAGGAUGUCGCUAACGACGCGGCUGGUCCCCCACCCGGGAAUCCAGCCGCUCAGCGACUGCUUCGCAGUCCUCGCUCUGUGAGCAGUCUGCACAUCCCCAACCGCCGCGCAGCACAGGCGGUUGCAGCAAAUGGAGUACCCGUCGUACGCGCUACGUCCCCGGGUGCAGAGAUUCGCGAAGCCCAGCGCAUUGCUACUGCCCGGAAGGAGGCCGAGGAGAAGCGCCAACGAGCUCUGCAACCUCAACCAGUCCCCCAACCCAGUCCCAGUCCGGCUCCUUCAACGACGACGGAGCUAGGCAGACCAGGCUCACCGUCCGUGACACCCUUGUCAAGUCGCGCGCAGUCCCUCCGCCGCUUCCAGAUCUCGCGAUCUAAUAGCCCAAGCCUCGGAUCCCCCCGUAGUAUGGGCGGCGGUAUCCAGAAACGUCGACUCGACGGUGCAGCCCCCGGUGUAGCCGUGCUCGUCGAGCAACUGCGGCGGCAGCCGCACUCGCGUCAAGCCUCGAUGGUUGCGGGACUGGUGGACCGAGCACGGGUCGAUGCAGCCGAGCUAGACCAACCCGAAGAAGUCCCCGUUAAACCGCGCAAGCGACCCGUCGUGAACCAGGCUGAGAAGAAGUGGCGCGCGGAGCGUCAGGGCGUUAUUACCGCUGCGAAGCAGCAUCUCUCAGAGGUACUUGAGAACUCGGCGCAGCAGGCGCAUCAUAGUACCUGGGAAGAGGAAUCCGAGCGUCUGGUGAAGGACUUGGAGCAAGUUGCGCUUGAGUUGGAGCAUGAGCAUGAAAUGGAGGUUGAUGAUCAUAGUAUGGACUUUACACAGGCGCAGCCUCACCAGGCCCAGACCGUGUUCGCGCCUACGCCUGUAUCCCCGCCGAAACCGAUGAAGUACCAGCCUCGAGCACCGAAGCAGCCCCGCAGUGUGCCGCAAAAGCCGACUCCAGGGCCUGAAAUGGAGGGCAUUGUUGGCGCUGGGGCUGGAGCUACCUCGGCCGUUGUCGAGGAUAAUGAAGAUGACUACGUCUACGACGUGUAUAUUCGUCGGCCGCUGUCGGAAAGCGAAAUGCUCACCAAUCCACUCGCAGAACUAGAGUGUGAGCAGCAGCUGCAACAACUCGAAGCCGCGAGUCGGGGAAUCGGCGUCAUCGUCAUCACCGCCGAGGACGAAGAAUACUGGGAACACUUUGUGGAAGACGAAGAGGAAGUUUGGGAUAGCGAAGAUGCGGACUCGAACGCCGAGAAUAACCCCGCCAACGAAUACCCCGACGAGGAACUCUCGUUCUCCGAUGAAGACGACGACCCUACUGCUAUAUACCGCAAAUACCGGCAUCGUGCCACCUCCGACGACGAGGAAUUUGAUAUUGAUGACUCGGGGAGUGAGGGAGGUGCCCGGUAUGGAUCUGGGUACGGAUUUUCGCAGCGGUAUGGUGGGGAUCGGGAUUCGGAUGAGGAUAGCUACUGA